CGAGAAGUUCGUCGCCUUUGUCAGGCCCGGGAUGGGAGUCUCCAGCUCCGUAGGACCGAGGCAGGCUCCACGGUGAGCAAGAAACCCGACCUGCCCUGCCCGAGACCUUGGAGCAGGGUCCCCAGAGGGAAGGCAGGAAGGAGGACACGAAGCCUCGGGGGCUCUAACCGUUCUGCACGGAGAGGUCCGGAUUGGGGUGAAAAGCAGACUCUUCAGAACAAGAAGGAGGUGGCGAUCAUGGAGACAGAUUUGGCCGAAAUGCCCGAGCAAAGAGCUCUGUCUUCCCAGGAUUCUCCCCUUUCUCAAGAGAAGAACACAGAAGAGGAAGAAGUGACAGCUCUGCGCCUCACAGCCAGAUCUCAGGAAACAGUGACAUUCAAGGAUGUGGCCAUGGACUUUACGCCGGAGGAGUGGGGAAAGCUGGAUCCUGUACAAAGGGAUGUGAUGCUGGAGAACUAUAGGAACCUGGUCUCGCUUUGGCUUCCAGUUUCCAAACCUGAGAACUGCAAUUUGGAGAAUGGAAAAGAACCAUUGAAGCUUGAGAGAAAAGUCCCCAAAAGCAGCUAUUCAGACAUGGAGACAAGACCUGAGAGCAAGGAUUCAACUUCAGUGCAAGAUUUUUCCAAAGAAUCAUGCCAGGUUGCAAUAAUAGACAGAAUAACAAGGAGUAGUGUCUAUGACUCCAACUUGGAAACAGCUCUUGAAUGUGAAAAUUGGUUAGAAAAUCAGCAAGGAAAUCAGGAGAAACACUUCAGAGAAAUAUUUACCCAUGUGAAUUCACUCCCUGAGAAAAGAGAUCAUGAGCGUGAUGUAUGUUGGAAAAACUUCAGUCAGAAGUCUGUCCUUAUUGCUCAAGACAGAGUUCCCAAAGGAUCCUAUACCUUUCAUACACUUGAGAAAAGAUUGAAACAGAAAUCAAACGUAAUGAAAAAGCAGAGAACCUAUAAGGAGAAAAAGCCUCAUAAAUGUAAUGAUUGUGGUGAACUCUUCACUUACCAUUCAGUUCUUAUUCGACACCAGAGAGUCCAUACUGGAGAGAAACCCUAUACCUGCAAUGAAUGUGGUAAAUCUUUUAGCCACAAAGCUAAUUUAACUAAACAUCAGAGAACUCAUACUAGAAUUCUCUUUGAGUGCAGUGAGUGCAAGAAAACCUUCACAGAAAGCUCAUCUCUUGCAGUACAUCAGCGAAUUCACAUUGGAGAGAGACCUUAUGAAUGCAAUGAAUGUGGGAAAGGUUUUAAUCGAAGUACACAUCUUGUGCAGCAUCAGUUGAUUCAUACUGGAGUGAAGCCUUAUGAAUGUAAUGAAUGUGAUAAAGCUUUCCUUCAUUCAUCAGCACUAAUUAAACAUCAAAGAACUCAUACUGGAGAGAAACCCUAUAAAUGUCAAGAAUGUGGGAAAGCCUUUAGCCAUUGCUCAUCCCUUACUAAGCAUCAGAGAGUUCAUACUGGAGAAAAGCCAUAUGAAUGUAGUGAAUGUGGAAAAACAUUUAGUCAAAGCACACAUCUUGUUCAGCAUCAGAGAAUUCAUACUGGAGAGAAACCUUAUGAGUGUAAUGAAUGUGGGAAAACCUUUAGCCGGAGCUCAAAUUUUGCUAAACAUCAGAGAAUUCAUAUUGGAAAGAAACCUUACAAAUGUAGUGAGUGUGGAAAAGCCUUCAUUCAUUCAUCAGCUCUUAUUCAACACCAGAGAACUCAUACUGGAGAGAAACCCUUUAGAUGUAAUGAAUGUGGGAAAAGCUUUAAGUGCAGUUCAUCCCUCAUCAGACAUCAAAGAAUUCACACUGAAGAGCAACCCUGAAAAAUUACUGAAUGUGAAGAAAUACUGGAAGAUCAGAUUUGAAAUCAAGCAACUUGCUCCUACAACAGACAUUUCUGAAAAAGAAACAUGACAGGGGACCAUA